GUAUAAAAAGGAAGAAACCUCCACAGCAAAGACAACUGAUCAAGAGUUUUCAUCUCUCUUGAAGCAGCAACAGAGACGCCUCAGCUGAUGAGACCAAGCUAACAACUCUUUGCUCCGAGCAAACUGAAGAUUUCCUCUCGCCUUUUUUCUCUCAGUCUAUCAGCUUCCCGUCUUUCUAGACUCCUUCACCAUGCCUCCCCAGAUCCAGUCCCAGAGCCAGAGCGGUCCCAGGAUCCUGAAUGGCAACAUCAGCGCCCUCAGCCCGGCUGUCAGGGAGUUCAUUGAAACCAAUGUGGCUCUGUGCCAGCCCGAGUCCAUCCACAUCUGUGACGGCUCUGAUGAGGAGAACCUUGCCAUCUUGACCCAGCUGGAGGAGCAGGGGAUGAUCAAGAAGCUCACCAAAUAUGACAACUGCUGGUUGGCAAGAACAGACCCGAGGGAUGUGGCUCGUGUGGAAAGCAAAACAGUGAUUGUUACCCGGGACCAAAGGGACACGGUGCCCUCGCCACUCGAAGGUGGAGUCAGCCAGUUGGGCCGCUGGAUGUCCCCGGAAGAGUUUGACAAAGCCUUGACUCAACGUUUCCCCGGCUGCAUGAAAGGUCGCACCAUGUAUGUGAUUCCUUUCAGCAUGGGUCCAGUAGGUUCUCCUCUCUCUAAGAUCGGAGUGGAGCUGACUGACUCUCCUUACGUGGUGGCCAGUAUGAGGGUGAUGACCCGUAUGGGGAAGGCUGUGUUGUCUGCUCUUGGAAAUGGCGAGUUUGUCCGCUGUCUGCACUCUGUUGGCUGUCCUCUGCCGCUAAAAAAACCCCUUGUAAAUAACUGGCCCUGCAACCCAGAGCAAACAUUGAUCGCUCACAUCCCAGACCGCAGACAAAUUGUCUCAUUUGGAAGUGGUUAUGGAGGAAACUCCUUGUUGGGCAAGAAGUGCUUUGCUCUGCGCAUUGCCUCACGGAUUGCCAAGGAGGAAGGCUGGCUGGCGGAGCAUAUGCUGAUCCUGGGCAUCACCAACCCUGCUGGGCAGAAGAAAUACAUGGCAGCAGCCUUCCCAAGUGCCUGUGGGAAAACCAACCUGGCAAUGCUCAACCCCACACUGCCUGGCUGGAAGGUUGAGUGUGUAGGAGAUGAUAUAGCCUGGAUGAAGUUUGACAACAAAGGCAACCUACGUGCCAUCAACCCUGAGAAUGGCUUUUUUGGCGUUGCACCUGGAACCUCAGCUAAAACAAACCCCAAUGCUAUGGCAACCAUUAUCAAGAACACUAUCUUUACAAAUGUAGCAGAGACCAGUGAUGGUGGUGUGUACUGGGAGGGAAUGGACCAGUCACUGCCUGAGGGAGUCACCAUCACGUCCUGGAAGAACAAACCCUGGAGAUCAGAGGAUGGUGAACCUUGUGCUCAUCCCAACUCUCGUUUCUGCACGCCGGCUGGACAGUGUCCCAUAAUUGACCCACAGUGGGAAUCCCCAGAAGGAGUCCCCAUUGAGGCUGUCAUCUUCGGAGGGCGUAGACCAGAAGGUGUCCCUCUGGUGUAUGAAGCCUUCAACUGGCAGCAUGGAGUGUUUGUUGGAGCAGCCAUGAGGUCAGAGGCCACUGCUGCAGCUGAACACAGAGGCAAGGUAAUCAUGAAUGACCCCUUCGCCAUGCGUCCCUUCUUCGGCUACAACUUUGGACAGUAUCUCUCUCAUUGGCUCAGCAUGGCUGACCGUCCUGGUGCCAAACUUCCCAAGAUCUUCCACGUCAACUGGUUCCGCAAGAGCCCCACCGCUGGCUUCCUCUGGCCUGGCUUUGGUGACAACAUCCGAGUUCUGGACUGGAUGUUUAGGCGGGUGAACGGCGAGGCCGGCGCUAUGCCCUCGGCUGUGGGCUACCUGCCCUGCUCCGACUCCCUGAACCUCCAGGGCCUGCAGGGGCAUGUAGACCUGGAGGAGCUGUUCUCCUUGGAUCAGGAGUUCUGGCAGAGAGAGGUGGAGGAUGUGAGGAAGUAUUUUACCACACAGGUGAACAACGACCUGCCCAACGAGGUGGCCCGGCAGCUGGAGCUCCUGCAACAGAGGGUGAAGCAGAUGUGAAGAGAAAGGAGCCACAGUUUAGUUUUUCCGAAUGGACAUGAUGGUGAUUCUUCUUCGCCAUGUGACACAGCUUGCCUGUAAUUUUUAUUACCCCCACCUUUUCUGUUUCUUAAAAUCAUUACUUCUUUACCUUUCUUUUCAGAAGUCAAAGGUCACCAUUUAAGUCAGCUUAAAUUAGUAAGAAAUGCUCACUUCCAUCCAUUUGUAUGCUGUUAUGGAAGCACUGUUUUACCUUGUUGGAAUGCAUUGUUCAAGUCUAUUUAAACAUAACUUAUUAUAAAUGCACAUCUUACUGUCAUUUCCAUUGAGAUCUAUGUUGCACAGAAUGAGUCCAUGUUGGCUCAGCUCCCUCUAAAGAUGGGGGAAAUGUGUGUUUUCUGUUUCUUGUGACUGUUUGUUGCCUUAAUUUAUUUUUAUACUAUGUUACUAUCUCUUUUUCCAGUUUUGUUGUAAUUCUGAGCUCUCAAAAAGAGUGGCAGCAAUAAAUAUAUUUAAAAUUA